GGAUCUGUUCGGUAUUUCGGGUUUCGGUCUUUUUAUAUUAUAUUGACCAAUAAAGAAUAGGAAUAUGUGCGUCUUGUUCCAUUUAUAAUAACGCAAAGCACUUAUUAGAAAUCCUGUAAAGUGAGAAUCCAAAUCGACCUAUCGAUGUCCUUAAUCGUUCGUUGUCGACACUCUUGCUAUAUAAUAUAUGUCAACGGUUUAGAACUUUAAAAUAAAUAAUUAGAUGAAAUUAUCUAUUGAAGUCAAAAGAUGUAAAUAGCGCUGAAGAAAGUGAAAAACUUCAUUAUAGUUUUAAUGGGUUCGUGCAUAAUUACCAGGCGUUCUUGAACACUGUUUAUUAUGAAAAAGGAAGCAUACAAACUCAAAAGUAAACUUUUUAAAUGAUUAAUCUGCAGCGUAGUCGCGAUCCAUUUUCCAUUUGCUUCCAAGCUUAUUGAGACGACGAACGAUGUUUGAAUGGUCCACACUGAAGUUGUCGACCAGCAUUCAAGUUUUCAAGCUUUCGUCCCCUUCCGCGGCUGGCAAAAAGGCUUGGUCUUCGAAAUUCAAUGGUCGACCUCUUUCUAGCUUAUUUUCGAAGCUGGUGUUGCAAGAUUUGAAGUGGGCAUUUGAAGAAGCAUUCCCUGCAUCGACUCUCACUGAUCGGUCGCCUCAACGAAAAGUUCAUUAAGAUCAUUUCCCAAAGUGUUGCAGCAUAAUAUGAUGAAUUUAAAUAUGAUUAUCGACACGCACUUUUUUAACCUAAAAGUAAAAGGAUAUUUUUAUUCAUAAAUUGAUAAAAUAGCGUAUAUUUAGCACGACAAAGAAACGCCUGAUAAUAAUGCGUCAACCUGUUAUUACUACUAAUAGCACAUAGAGCAUAUGUUGAUUGACUAUAUACAAGACUUGGUAAAAGUGCCUAAAUGUUGAGAGUUAAGAUUACCUCACAAUACGUUCUCCAAACCUGAAUCAGGCGGAUGAUCAGAAUAAGCCUUACAUCAUAUGCAUUUCUCUUCCUUUUUUUGCUUCGAAAGGAACAGUGAUUCCCUAUAAAUUGUUUGUUCAAGUGAUAAAUAGAAAAAGAUUUACUAUAAUAAUGCUUGGUUAUGUAAAAUGCGUCGGAAAUAAAAGUGAAUUUCAAUUGGAAUUUCAAUCGAUUUAUCUCAUAAGUACCAGGCAAACACACAUUGUGAACUACUGCGCAUUUUACAAUGCUUGUAAAGGAUGAAAAAACCUGUUAUAAAUAUGAGGCCGCUGUCAAUACGUACCUUUGUAUACUGAUCGCUGUGUGAAGAGUUCUGAGAUAUAGUUGAAGAUUGUUGCAGCAAUGAGGGCAAUGUGCAACGAGUAAUUUAUCAGCGACUGAUGUUGUUAUGAAGGGAAUGGCUACUUGGUUACUCCCGCCAGAUUUGCUAAAUUAAAAUUGCCUACAAAGCAAGGGAGGUGAUUGUAAGUUAAUAACUUUAAACCGAUAGGUGGGUCAUCUUAAAUGAAAGGAGUUCUCAAACGAGAAUUUUCAGAAUGUUCGGACAUAAGCGCCGCACGAACUUAGUAUAGAAAUUUUAUCUUGAAUAAGAUUUUCUCCAAUUAAUUCAGGAAUAGAAGUAAUAGAAGAGACCGGAUGUGCUACGGUGAGCACGGAAUCCGAACUGACAUUCAUGGUUGGGGCCAUCUAUUUUUAUUUUGAGAAUCGCUCGAGCGGAAGAUCGUGGGUAAACUCAGGCGUAUUGUUCACAUCGACUGCAAGAUGGAAACGCUUUGUCAGCAAGACGAUGCAUUAGCAAUGGUGGGACAAGAAGGGGAUAACCUACUGUGAGGUGUUAGAGCUUGAUGGAACGAUUAAUAUCAGACGGCAUAUGACAAAUGACAAUUAAUCGCUGCAACGGUUCGGUAAUCAAAAAACGAUGAAACGAGAAGACAAAAUCAGUAUUUUUUGCCAGACAUCCAGUCAUCCAUCGAUAUGACUCCGAAUUCGAAUCGCGUCACCUUGAAAGCACUUAAAUGGAAAGUGCUAGUCUUCCAUGCUAGUCUUCCUUCGGUUAGCACUUCUUUGCAUCGAUGGCUUGUUGCAUGAUGUUAAGGAAAAACUUGUUUGACGAAAGCUACGUGGGAAGAGAGAUGGAUUUUUAUUGGCAUAUUAUCCACCAAUUCCUCGAAAGAUGUGGGAAAAAUGUGUACCUACCGAUGGAGUCACUAAAGCUACCUCUUAUCGUUCUUUUCAAUUUGAUGGAUUUUUGUUCGCAACUUUAUACUUGUAUAUCUGUGUAUAUGUGUGUGUGUGUGUGUGUGUGUGUGUGGAUAGCUUCAUGUAAUAAUGUGGGGAUUCUUUCCCCUAAUAUUAAUACCGGCUUUUUGUCUUGAUUAAGUUGCAUUCACGUUUGGAUUUUGUUUAUUUGUUGAUUUGGUUGGAAAGCACAACUCGCAAUUUGUUUGGAUUGUUAUUGUUGUUGCUGUUUUUUACUUUUUUUUUUAUUUUUAAAGAUACACAUAAGGACGCACAAUGAUGACGUAAUCUAUAGUAUAUAAACAUGAACACAGUAAAGUGAAAAAAGAAAAAAAGAAACAACUGCACACACAAUCGGUGCUGAAAUUUGAAAUUUGCUCAAUCAUUUUUCUUUUCUUUUUAAUAUUUAAACAUUCGAUUUCGAUUUCAGUUAGUUUCACUUGCAACGUACGCGUGUUAAGACGUUAAGUAACGAUAAAGUGCGAUUAAUAAAUAUAAAUUGAAUUGAAUUUUAGAAAUAAAUUUUAAAAAAGAACUGCAAAAAAAAAAAAUAUAUAAAUAAAUAAAUACAAUUUCGAGCGGAUUCGCUUUCAAAGGGCAACAAUUCAGAUAAAUAAAUAAAUACAUAUACGAAAAUGUCUCAUUCGGUAACUAUUACUCGUACCACUACCAGUACCACCAAUACCUCGUAUAUUGUGUUAAACACGGGCUACCUGAAAACUUUCUCAGGACUUUUGAAACUAUUUGAACUUCUAAUUGGUGGAGCGAUGGUCGGCAUUUUUGGUUAUUAUCAAAGACAUGGUAACAGUAUGUUUGUUGGUUCGGCAGAAUUAUUUGCUCUUUUAAUGUCUGUCACCUUCAUGAUUGGUACGUUUUGUUUACUUCUAUCAUGUCUCACAUCGUUGAGUACGGGCGGUAUUAUAUCCAAAACGAUUUAUGAAUUAAUUUAUCAUAGUGUUGCUGCCAUUUUAUUGUUAGCUGCCUCCAUAAAUCUGGUGAUUGAGCUAAGCGAUCGCCGUUAUAAAGGCUAUAAGCAAUAUGAUGCUUAUAUGGCUGCUGGCAUAAUGGGCUUAAUUAAUACCGUCUUAUAUUUUAUAAGUGCUUUUUUGGCUCAUCGUUCAUAUCGUGGCAUUUAAAUUCAUCUAUUUUACAAUUUAUUUAAAUUCAAUCGCUUAUUUAUAUACAUGCAUACAUGCAUACAUAUAUAAUACAUCUUUA